AUGGGCGUCGCCGCCCGCUACCCCGGCCGCGGCCGCAUCGCCGAUUCGAAUUUUUCAAACGCCAAGUGGGUCGACGGCGAGCUGCUGGUGUUCUCGCCGGCGGCGAGCCCGCUGGUCACCGGCGGCGCGCGCGUCGGGUUUGUGUGGUCGGUGCCCAAUGACAGGCGGUUCCUGAUCCUUUUGAACCGCGUGCAGCUGGCGUGA